AUGACCGCAGUACUGUGUGUUCCUGGCUCUCCUUGCCUUUGUACUCAUGCUGGUUUUGUCUUGCAGGCUAAGAAUAAGGAAACCGGUGCUUUAGCAGCUGCCAAAGUCAUUGAAACAAAGAGUGAAGAUGAACUGGAGGAUUACAUGGUGGAGAUUGAAAUACUGGCGACCUGCGAUCACCGGCACAUCGUCAAGCUGCUGGGAGCGUUUUAUUGGGAUGGCAAGCUCUGGAUCAUGAUCGAGUUCUGCCCGGGCGGGGCAGUGGAUGCCACCAUGCUGGAGCUGGACCGGGGCCUGACCGAACCCCAGAUUCAAGUGAUUUGCCGCCAGAUGUUGGAAGCCCUCCAUUACCUCCACAGCAAAAAGAUCAUCCACCGUGACCUGAAGGCGGGCAACGUGCUCCUCACCCAGGAUGGGAACAUCAAGCUUGCUGACUUUGGAGUGUCUGCCAAAAACAUGAAAACCUUGCAGAAGCGAGACUCCUUCAUUGGGACCCCUUACUGGAUGGCCCCGGAGGUGGUGAUGUGUGAGACCAUGAAGGACACUCCGUACGACUACAAGGCGGACAUCUGGUCCCUGGGAAUCACGCUGAUCGAAAUGGCCCAGAUCGAGCCACCCCAUCACGAGCUCAACCCCAUGAGAGUCCUGCUGAAGAUUGCCAAGUCCGACCCCCCCACGCUCAGCUGCCCUUCCAAAUGGUCCCUGGAGUUCAGAGACUUCCUGAAGACGGCGCUGGACAAGAACCCGGAGACCCGGCCCAGUGCUGCCCAGCUGCUGGAGCAUCCCUUUGUCAGCAAGGUGACUAGCAACCGGGCUCUGCGCGAGCUGGUGGCCGAGGCCAAGGCUGAGGUGAUGGAAGAGAUCGAGGACAGUCGGGACGAAGUGGAAGAAGACGACUCAUUGGAGUCUGCCUCGCCCCCUGGUAAGCACAAGCGGGACCCCUCUGAGGCGAGUCAGCUGAGUUUUGAUGGGGAGAAGCCUCCAGACUCUUCCUUGCCCAAGGCAGUGAAUGGGCCUGUGGGGACUGGCAAGGAGACCACAGAUGGACAAAGUGAUCAAGUCUCAGAUGAAGGGAUAAGCAGUGACAAUGACAAAGUGGAGAGCAACGACUCCACAAAACCCCUUGCCAGCUCUGCCUCCUCUGGCUCAGAGGAUGGGAGAGCCACCUUGGGCACGCAGGGCAAGCCAGACAUCAUCUCGCAGCCUGGAAGGCUGGGUAACUCAACUGAGGGGGACAAGCAGCCUCAGCCAGGCAGCAAGGAGAGGAAGAGCAUUGGGGAGCGACCGGAGAGCAGCCACCUGGAGAACUUCACAGAGGAGAAGCUUGCCAACGGAAGCUUGGAUCCCCCGGUGCUGUUCCCCGGCAGCCGGUCCAAAGGGGAUUCGGAUUCUGGCAGCACUUCAGCCUCUGAAAGCAUGGACCUCACCAUCUCCCUGUCUGCCGACCUGUCCCUCAACAGAGAGAGCGGCUCCAUCUCCCUGAAGGAUUCCCGAAUGCACAAGAAGACGCUGAAACGCACCCGCAAGUUUGUGGUGGAUGGAGUAGAGGUGAGCGUCACCACCUCAAAGAUCAUCAGUGAGGAUGAGAAGAAGGAUGAAGAGAUGAGAUUUCUCAGGCGCCAGGAACUGCGGGAGCUGCGUCUCCUUCAGAAGGAGGAGCACCGAAACCAGGCCCAGCUCAACAGCAAACACCAGCUGCAGCUGGAGCAGAUGUUCAGGCGCUUUGAGCAAGAAAUGACGACAAAGAAGAAGUUCUACGACACCGAACUAGAAAACCUCGAACGGCAACAGAAGCAGCAGAUUGAGAAGAUGGAACAAGAUCACUCACUGCGCCGGCGGGAGGAGGCCAAGCGCAUUCGCCUGGAGCAGGAGCGGGACCAUGUCAAAUUCCUGGAGCAGCUGAAGCAGAUGAAGAAGGAGGUCAAGAACGAGGUUGAGAAGCUGCCACGGCAACAGCGCAAAGGGAACAUGAAGGUGAAGAUGGAUGACUUUGCCCAGAAAAAACAAACCAUGGAACAGGAGUUUUUGGCCAAGCAGAAGGAGGACCUGGAGCUAGCCAUGAAGAAUAUAACCACCCAGAACAAAAAAGAGAUCUGCGACAAGGAACGCGAGUGCCUGAACAAAAAGCAGCAGCUCAUGAGAGACCGGGAGGCAUGCAUCUGGGAUCUUGAAGAGCACCAGCAGCAGGAGAAACACCAGCUUGUCAAGCAGCAGCUAAAGGACCAGUAUUUCCUCCAGAGGCAUGAGUUGCUCCGGAAGCAUGAGAAGGAAAGGGAGCAAAUGCAGCGAUACAACCAGCGCAUGUUAGAGCAGCUGAAAAUUCGGCAGCAGCAGGAGAAAGCCCGGCUUCCCAAAAUCCAGCGGAGCGAAGGGAAGACGCGCAUGGCCAUGUACAAGAAGAGCCUUCACAUCCACUCCAGCGGGAGCGCAUCUGAGCAGCGGGAGAAGAUAAAACAGUUUGCUCAGCAGGAAGAGAAGAGGCAAAAAGCAGAGCGGCUACACCAGCAACAGAAGCAUGAGACGCAGAUGAAGGACAUGCAGGCCCAGUGCGAGAGCAACACAAACGAGCUCCAGCAGCUGCAGAAUGAGAAGUGUCACCUCUUGAUUGAGCACGAAACCCAGAAGCUUAAGUCCCUGGAUGAGAACCACAACCAGCACAUGAAGGAGUGGCGGGACAAGCUGAGGCCACGGAAGAAGGCCCUGGAGGACGAGCUGAACCAGAAGAAGCGUGAGCAGGAGAUGUUCUUCAAGCUGAGCGAGGAGGCAGAUGGACAGACACCAGCAUCCCCAACCAAACAUGCCAAGUUCGUCCCGUUCAGCUCCACAGAGAGCUCGUAACGCCUCACAGCUGGCAGGCCACCAGCUGGUACUUGCUGUGUCCUCCUGGGCUGCAGGCGGGCAACUUGGACUUGGAAGACCCUCUUAGCAGCCUCUUCUUACAACAGCACCCUCCUGUCCCCUCGCUCUGUCUGGGAUAAACAUGGCCUCUGUCCUGCACUGGGGGAUGCUGACUGGAAGUUUGGUGGCUUUUCCAGGGGCUGGCCUGCUCAGCACAGCUCCACGCUGGGAAGCCGGGCAGGACCCUUUCUGCGAUCAUACUUGCACUGUUAGCUGGAUGCGUUGCCUCUCACGUGAGCCUGGUGCUCACUGGGCUUGUCAUCUCAGACUGAAGCAAUAACGGCUCUGAACAGGAGAAACGGGCGGUGGCUCCUGGCCUCUGUGCAGUAGUUAUCAGCCUCUCUCUCCACUGUGGCUGCUCCUCCUCCCGGUAAAGACUAGUCUGGGGCAGAGCAGCUUUGGUGUUGUCUUAGGCUAACCUUGGCCUUGUGGCCCCCCCAACACUUGCCUUAGAUUUAUUUCUAUCUACUGUGGCCCUCUUUUGCUCAAGGGAGACAGUGACUUGGAUUUUUUUUUGCCCUGAAGAAAGAAGGGUGGGUUUUUUCUUUCCUGUUUCUCAUACAGACUAUGCAGAAAGGGGACUGGCUGGACGUCCUUCCAAAGAUGCUUCUGCUUCUUCAUUUGGCGUGAUUGCUGGCACCACAGUCCCUCGGCACCUAGCUAACACUGUCUUAUCAGAAACUGGACUAUGGCAUAAUUAAACUGUUCAGCUGGCUGCAGGCUUUUGUCUCAAAGAAGUGUGUGUGUAUGGGCAGAGGGGGAGGUUUGUAACAGUGCUCAGUCCUGUGGUGAAACAGUGAGGUAUUGGUCACACUCAUGUGCCUUCUGGUCAGGACAAGUGAGGGGCAGAAGGGUGUUAUUGCCAGAACCCUCAUGAUCACACAUGUGCUUGCGAUUUUUUUUUUAAGUGCUGUAUAUGUGUUGGCCAUGUGGGUCAGCCAACCUGGCCACUCUGCAGUCAGGGUUCAGGGCUGCAAAGCGUCAUUUGGAAGGAAUAAAGGAGUCUUGAAACAAGGGAUGCAAGGGAAGAGGAGAUGCAAAGGCAGGUCACAGUGGCUUGUUACUCUCAGCAUCACUUUCUCCACUGCUGUCUCAUCUCCUUAUGAUGUGCCACAGUUUCUUGGAUGAUUUUCCUGGCUUUCAGCUUAGAGUCAUGCUGCAGAGUGGCAGAGCAGUGGCAGGUCCAGCCCUCUGUCCUUUCUGCUCCAUGGUGAUGUGUCUUGGUUGGGCUGCCUUCUUCCACCUGCACAAGGCACUGCUUGGCUGAGCUGCUGGGUAGGACCCAGAGCACAGACCUGGGUAGGGGGACAGAGACCUCACUGGGCAGCACCUUCUUCUUUACACAACCAAAAGGUGUAAGGUAGCACUUAAGGUUUUUCUCUCUGUUGAUCUCUGGACAACAUUGUUUGGUUUAGGCCUGCUUCCAGAGCAAGAAAAAAUGUCUCUACUUAAAAAAAUGUUAUUUUAAAGUCUCAGGUGUUGAUUUAGAGACAUACUGGCAUUUCAGGAAAAGGUGGUAUGUGAUGUGCUACACUUCCAGGUACCUAGGUGAGGGAGCCAACCCCCAGGUCAUUAACACCUCUUUCAUCUGAGGAGGGCAUUUACAUUUACUACCCAUUUAGAGUUCAUAAUACAUAUUUAUAAGCUUCCUCCAAACUAGCAAGACUACAUCUAUUUGGGCCAUUCCAAGUUUCUUCUGAAUUCACACCAUUGAUGUCUUUAUUAAUGAAUAUAGCCUAGAUGGAGAUCUUAAGGGCUGGGACCCUUUGCAAGCAGACUGCAUAGCAGCUUUUUAGUAACUGGCCUGUCCUCCUAGGAAGACCAUCUGUCCCAUCUCCAAAAGUAUUGACUAUGCCUUUCAGAUACGAUAGCACCAGGUUGGGAGCUGAUGUAAAAUUAAUGAAUGCAGGGGGUUGUUCCUGAACAAUGUGCUGGUUUGAGACUUUAAAUUGCAUUAGAAAUGUGUGCUGGCAGCCCCAGCAGUUUUGCUCCUGGUCCCAUUGGGGUCAGGCUGGAGCUAGUCUAUGAAAUGGUUGUUGUCACAGAAACCAGUACCUGGUGCCUGUCCUUUCACGUGUUAUGUGUGACUUGCAGAAGGAUGUCCUGCAGCAUACUGUUCAUAACAUACCUCCUCCAGCUGAAGGGCAUUGCCGCUUCUGACUGCUGCCUUGCACCAGCCCAGGGAGCGCCAGCUCUCUCUGGAUGUUGUGCAGCCAUGAGGAAGGAGACUGUUUCUGGAGACUUUAAGAGCUGAUGUGAUGCCCUUACGGUAAAUCGGUUGUCCCUUUCUCCAGUCCAGCUUAUUUGCAGUCUGGAGCUAGCAACGUAAUUUUGCUUUUGCUAACAGAGGGUGGGAAUGGUUUUGUCCCCUGCCCUUUCCCUAUUCUCUGUUCCCUCUCUGGGUGUGCCAGGGCUCUAGUACCAUGUCCCUCUCCUAGAAGAGGGCAGGGGAGCACAUCUUCUGAUUGCCAUGUUUACAGGGUGGUUAUAUUCCCCCCCCCCCCCUUUCAAAAGAGGAUGUUUUUAUUGUUUCCUGUUCAGAAGGAACCGUGAAUAAACCCCGCUUGUUUUUGAGGGGGGAUGGGAUGCCAUUUUUUUUAAAAUGUGGCUUUGAAUAAAAAGUGUUUUUUAAUAUUUUGUAAAGUGUCCUCAGUGGGGCGACCACUGUGAUGUAAAGGCCCUUCUAAUAAAGUAACAG